AAUUAGGAAAACAGUUUAAUUUGACUGUGGACAGAUAAAACUCCCGGUUCCUCUGCCGCCUACACUGGGCGUAGAUUUGGCAAAUUCUGGGGUGGGGUGGAGGAGCGGUGGCAGACAGUAUUCCUUUCAGAGAACAAGGCCUCCACCCUAGGAAUAAUUUUUCUUAACAAAAAAAUCUGGGAGUAUGAGAGGGAGAACAAAAGAAAAUAGCAUCGUAUUUGUUCUUCCAGCAGUUUUGUCGGUUUUAUGGGAGUGGUUCAUGAGUGAAGGCGGUCAUAAGGGGAGAGCCCCUCAUCCCACUUCGGAAGAAAGGGAAUCCUCGGGGAGCUAGGCUCCUCUCGGUUGCUCGGGAGACAAAGAAGGAGGAGGAGAGACAGAGAGAGAGAGAGAGAGAGAGAGAGAGAGAACGUGGAGGGGGACAAAGAAGGAAGACUGUACAGAGGCCAGGAUUAUGUAUGUGAGUUCCUUACUUUUGUUGCUUGUGGCUCGAGGACUAGCAAGGAGCUGUCCAGCCCCUUGUACCUGUUGGAAUAAGGUGUCGGACUGCAGUGAUAAGGAAUUGGUCACGCCUCCUUUUGGGUUGCCCUUGCACAUGACCAAUCUCAGUCUGGCUCACAACAAAGUUCUCUCCCUGCCUCUGGGCUACUUCUCCUGCUACACCGAACUCAUGGUUCUCGAUCUACGCAACAACUCCCUCAGCGACCUACCGGUUGGCCUGUUCCGGCCCUUGGUGAAGCUGACCUACCUGGACCUGAGUUACAACAAUCUGAGCCGACUCACCCAGGAACUGCUGAGGCCAGCCCGCAACUUGGCGAGGCUUCUCCUGAGUCACAACCCUGGGUUGUCAGUUAUCGCUCCCCGGGCGCUAUCCGGCUUGCCGCGCCUCCAGCACCUAGAUCUCAGCUUCGACGGCCUCACUGGCAUCAGCCAGGACCUCCUGGAUGGUCUCCCGGCCACUGUUUCUAUCCGGUUGGCCGGUAACCCUUGGCUCUGCGGCUGCUCCAUGGAGCCACUCCUGAAAUGGGUGACCAGGAACCUCCAUCAGUGCAAUUCCGAUUCCAGGGAAGUGGAGUGUGCUGGUCCCCCAGAGGUCAAAGGUAUUCCACUCUUCACCCUGACCGAAGAGAGUUUUAAGGCGUGCCAUUUCUCAUUGACGCUGGAUGACUAUCUUUUCAUCGCCUUCGUUGGCUUCAUCGUGUCCAUUGCCUCGGUUGCCACAAACUUCCUCCUGGGGAUUACUGCCAACUGCUGCCAUCGCUGGAACAAGGCAAACGAAGAGGAAGAGAUGUGACACCUCCCUCCCCCAACUUUGGUGGGCAAACCAACCGCAAAGCUGCAAGGUUAGACCGGUAUUUUGGCUCCUCACAUUUAGCCCAUGUGAGGGAAGAGCGAGGGAGGAGAAAUGGGGAUGAGAUCACAAUGAAGACGAUGUGUCUUGUCAGGGGAAGAGCCUGGCGUUCACGAAGAAACCCACUUUUCCUUUUAUAUUCUUGCUGUCUUCGGUACUGAGAAGGAACCGAGGAAGAUAUGGAUUUGACUCCACCAGCUGUGACCCUCUGAGCAAGGCUAGUGAAGAAAACAGGUCAUUUUUGAGUGCCGUUGAACCUAAUGAUUUGGAGAGGCUGAGUUUGUACUUACACUUGGAAAUUACUCCUAUGGGAGUCUUUGACGAUGUUAGAGGGUGAUCUUGGAGAAUUCAAGUUUCUUGGCAUUGUAGCCAUUACAACUGGAGAGCUAAGCCUUAUUGUUUGUGCUGUUACUACAAUUGAAGAUCAGAGUUGACUCCAAAUCAUUCAAUUGUAAUCGUCACCUCAGUUGUCAAGCAAUGGAGGAUGCAGGUUGAAUCUACUCAUUUACCAAGUCAGUUUUAACUGAGAUUGCAAUGGUGGAAAAUGACUGAGACUUUGCAACUUUGAAAUUCAGAUGAGAAGGAAGACUUUGAAAAGCUCACUCAUUUUUACAAUCGGCUGUGAGGAAAAUCUGAUUGAAGAUGAUCUGAUAAGUGAAGACCAGAA